UCACAGCCGGUUGACUUCCCAACCGCGGUUGGCCGAGAGAGUACCUCAACCGCGGUUCAAGAUUGUCCUUGCUAGGUUUCUUGUUCAAAAUAUCAUUCGCAGCCGGUUCACUUCCCAACCGCGGUUGGCCGAGAGAGUACCUCAACCGCGGCUCGAAGUUCAACCGCGGCUGAAGACAGGUUUGAGCAAGAAACUGUUUUUUUUUUUCUUUUAUGAUUUCUUCUUUUUCGUGUUUCUUUUUGUUUCGUUUUCACUUCAACUUUCAUUCAUCUUAAAAAUAACUACAACAAAUAUAACAAAACUACACACAUCAAUAUGUCCCACAAAAAGAAGAAAAAUGCAUCCACUCAUCCUCAUCCUUUUCUUCUUUUGCACUGGUGGUCAAACCCUCAGUAACGGCACAACAACCUUCACUGUUUUGCUGGCCGGCCAAAGCAACAUGGCCGGUCGAGGCGGCGUGGAAGGCGGCGUCUGGGACCUCUUCGUCCCACCCGAGUCCCUUCCGGCCAUCCCGGACUCUGUUAUCCGACUGACUCCUGAGCUCAAGUGGGAGCCCGCUGCCGAGCCUCUCCACCGCGGCAUCGACACCACUGUCGAGCAAGGCCACCUCGGCAUCGGCCCCGGUUUGCCGUUCGCCACUGCCCUUCUCCGACGAGUCGACCCCUCCAACACCGGCGCUGCCACCGUGGCCCUCGUCCCGGCCGCCAUGGGAGGCUCCAACAUCCUCCAAUGGCAACACGGCAACAACAGCUACUACCUCAACCUGCUUGCGCGGGCCGAGUGUUGGGUUCGCUAUACCGCACGG